AUGAAAACCAAAGAAGACAAAGAUCCCAUCCCAGCCUCCACCUUCCUCCACAGCGAACUCUACCACACAGCCUCCCAACCGGGUCUCCGCUCCCUUCCACCCAGUCCCUCCCGCGACUUCCUCACCCUAACCUGGGGUCCAAUAAUCUACCUAACGGCCUACACACCCGCCUCCAACAAAAUCCUCUCCAGCUUUUUCCAAUCCCUAAACGCCGAAAUCCACGACGCCAUCCGGCGCGUUCUGCCCGGGAACUCUUCCCAAAUCCGACUGUUGGAAUCCAGCUACGCGGCGAAGGUCUUCAGCGGGGAGAGGCUAUAUGGAGAUAAAAGCGUGGAGGAGAUAAGGCGGGUGUUUCACGAUUGGAAGAGGGUGGAUUUGGCAUUGCCGGCGGUGGAGUUGCCUGUGAGGUUGAGGGUUUGUUUGGUUGUUGAUAAGGGUGUUUUGGAGAGGUUUGGGAGGCUGGUGGAUGGGAAGGGAAAUGGAGGAGAGUGUCCGGUUAUUAUGGUGGAGGAGAACUUUCCUGAUAUUAGACGGAGGGAUUCGAAUCCGGCCGAUGGAGGGUUUCCGGGCUGGACGUGGGUGGCUUUGCAGGCUGUAGUAGAGGUGUUUGAUGGGUUGAGGGGGGCGGGGGGGUUGAGGAAGUAUCAUCGUGAAGGGGAAGUGUAUUUGGGGGGUGGGAGGUGGGGGAAGUGGGGAUAG